AUAUGGGACCAUUUUCUGGUCUCUUUCUCUUGGUAAUUUCCACCUUGGCACAACAGGAUUUGUCAUGGAAAGCCGACAUUUUUGCUUCAGAUAGGGAAAAUGAAAUGGCAGAGCAAGAUGCUCUCACUCGCUACUUUGGAAAUGAUAAGCGUAACACUACAUUCUUUCCAACAUGGGAUACUAUGAAAGCAAAAAUCGGAGACUUCAUUAAUGUGAACUCGACAAAGCUAAAAAACCAUAAUUAUAACGAAAUGACGGCAUGGCUUAAGGCGACUCGCCUCAACUACCCAAACAUUACACAUCUAUAUUCUGCGGGAAAAUCAGUCGAAGGAAGGGAGCUUUGGGUUUUGAUAAUUUCUGAUAAACCAAAAGAACACAAGCUCAUGGAGCCCGAGUUGAAAAUUGUUGGAAAUAUGCAUGGAAAUGAGGUUGUUGGUCGUGAAGCCGUGUUGUAUCUUGCUGAAAUUCUUUGUCUUAACUAUGGAAAAAACAAGUAUCUUACUGAUCUGGUGAACAAUGCGCGAAUUCAUUUAAUGCCAUCAAUGAAUCCAGAUGGAUAUGAAAAAGGAUUUCCAGGAGACAGAAUUUCUGCGAUGGGUCGUGCUAACGCGAACGAUGUGGAUUUAAAUCGAAAUUUCCCAACGAAAUUCGAAAGUCAUCGAGAAACAUCAGGUGGUUCUGAACCGGAAAAGGAAAAUAUAGCUGUGAUGAAAUGGCUUCAAGCAUAUCCGUUUGUAUUAAGUACCAAUUUACACGGCGGAAGUUUAGUUGCAAACUAUCCAUAUGAUGAUUCAGUAACUGGCCAAGAUGGUAUUUAUACUGCUAGUGCGGAUGACAAGCUUUUCGUAGAGCUCAGCUAUCGAUACGCCAGGGCUCAUACCAAAAUGUGGAAAACUGGAAGAAGAUGUGGAUUAUCAGCUGAUGGUGACAAUUUUAUAAAUGGAAUCACAAAUGGAGCCGGAUGGUAUCAUUUGGCGGGGGGAAUGCAGGACUGGCAAUACGAGCACACGAAUUGUUUGGAAAUUACUAUAGAGAUGGGUUGCUUCAAGUUUCCAACUGAUGAUAUGAUGCCAAAAUUAUGGGAAGAACACCAAUUCUCUUUACUCUCAUUUCUGGAGAUGGGAUUAAGUGGAGUAACUGGUCUUGUCACUGACAGAAAUAAUAAUACAGUUGCCAACGCCACAAUAUCUGUUGAUACUGGAAAAGAUAUUAUAUCAACUGAAGCUGGAGAAUACUGGAGACUUUUGCCACCUGGCGAUCAUCAAAUUACUGUAUCAGCACGUGGACUCGAAUCUGACACGUUUACAGUCACGAUUGUUCCAGGAGCACGAGCUGCUCGGCAUGAUAUUACUUUGCUGGCUUGUGGCGAUAAUGAAACGAAAUCAGAAAUGUAUAUUCGUGGAAGAGGAAAGAAUUUGAUUGCAGUACUCUCAUUUGAUGAUAUCGGAGGAAAAGCUGUCGACGAACUGGCUCGUCUCACUUGUACAGGAGAUUUUGUAAUCGAUAAGGACGUAUCAUUGAUGCUCAUUCCAAAUAUGACUGGUGAAUUGAAAGGACGACUCACUGACUUCGACCCGGCAGCAGUAUUGAUAAUCAGUAAGGGAAUCGUUGAAACAGCAACAUUCAGUGUGUCUGAAAAUGAGCCAAAACUAUUCGACAAAGCGAAAAUGGAUGAAUCUCUUCUAAAAGCUCUGGGCAAUUCAAUCCAAUGUGAACGGACAUUAUUGGAAUCAAAGACAGCAAUGAGAGUUGAUGAUCUUCAAUUGAAGAAAGCUUUUGAAUUGGGAAUAUCAAUUGGUUGCGAUGAUACGAAUGUUGAGAAGAAGGCAGCUACGAUUGGAACAAUUGCUGAUAUGAUCAAAAACGAGUUGAUAAAGGACAGUGUGAGUGAGUUUUCUGUGGUGCCAUCUGCUCAUCCAGGAGAUCACUUUACGCCUGAUCAAAUGAUUCAUGUCACCAGCGCUGCAGUUGCGGAACUUGAACGCAAAGAAUGUGUUCAAGAAGUUACACGUGGACCGAGCAAAUUCUAUUUGAUGGGAUCCGGAAAACCACCAUACACACUGAUUGCUGCAGUAGAAAAGAGAACCGAAGCGAUGGCCUAUGAAAUGAUGUCGACCUAUUGUAAUCCUGACACCAAGUCGGAGUUUUCAGAUAUUUUGGACGAAUCCACAUUGGUAUUCAUGCCGGAAAUCCCGCAUACUCAGUUAAACUGUCACGACUAUGACACAAUUUCCCCGUUCAAACUACUUUUCGAUGAUGCAAUUGCCGCGGUUCCUCAAUUAGAUUUUGUGAUAAUAUUGGCAACUGGUGGAAUGAAGGUUCGAUAUAUUAAUGAUACACUUGGAAUCGGAAAAGUGAUUGCUGAAACUUAUCGAACAAAUCAUGAUCUGAUGAAAGCAACUGAUCAAGAGGGUUGUGCAAAAGGAUUUCCAAAUGAAAAAGAAGCGAUUCGAGCUUUUUCAUGGAAUGAUAAUGCGUCAAGAAUGGAUAAAUCUGGAGUUGAUCAUGCAACUGAUAACUUGGACGCGCUUCUUGUUCAAAUUGGAUGUUGCUAUGAAAAUAUGGCCAGUGGACAUCUGUAUUCUGAAAAUCAGAGAGCAAUAAAAACAGCAUUAAUUGAAAGAAGUCGUGGUGUUCGAAUAAUUGGUGGAACUGAUGGAAUGAGUGUAUCAGUGGAUCAUAUGCAUAAACGUUUACCACUUUUGGGUGGAAGACGGUUUGUUCCUUUACCAAAUGGAGAACAUUUGGUUAAAGUUAGAACGCCUGGUGGGCAAAUGCAUGCACAAUUUGCAGUUGUGAUAUCAGAUCGAACUCCAACUGUUGAAAAAUUUGUUGGAGUACAAUCAUCAAAUAUGGUUAUAAUCACAAUUGCAUCAAUUUUAAUGAUUAUCUGCUGCACAUUUAUGUGUCGUCAAAGAGUAACGUCCGUCCUGAAUCGGCGAGGUUUCUUUAAUGGAAUGGGAUCGAAAGGAGGAUUCGAAAGAAUUCCAUUGUAUAAAUCGGAUGAUGAAGAUGAGGAUGAAGUGUUCGAUUUGCAGAAAUUAUGAAAUCAUUUAAGAUUCAAAUAUCUGACUGAAUGGCUGGCAACUCUUUCAAAAAACGGGUCUUUACUGAUUUUAGUGAUUCUUAAUUUAUGUUCCUGUAGAUUCCGAUGGGUAUUUAAUUAUUUUUUUUAGAGAUUUCAAUUUGAAUUUUAAAUCUUGUGAUUUUUCUUGAUGAACUGGUUAUAUUUAACUUCUUAAUGUCACUCUUUUUGAUGUGCUUUCCAAUAAAAAUACAACUCUUCCACAG